AUGUUUCCAAGACAAACAUUUGUUGCUAGACAAGUUUCUAGAAACUUUGUUAAACAAAGAAUCACCACUCAAUGUUUUAGAAGAUUCAAUUCUACCAAAUCUAACCCUACACCUCCAACUGGUGGAUUCUCCAAAGGUAAGAUCCUUUUGAUAGUAGGUGCCUUAGCUGUUGGUUCUACUAUUGCAGCUUCAAUGUUGGAUAAAGAAACCCCUAAAUCAGCUUUUGAACCAAGUGAAACCAAACAAGGUCCCGAAUUUGCCGAUGGUAAAGUUUCAGUUAUCUUUGUUUUGGGAGGUCCUGGUUCAGGUAAAGGUACUCAAUCCGACAAAUUGGUUAAAGAUAAAGGAUUUGUUCACUUAUCAGCAGGUGAUUUGUUGAGAGCUGAACAAAAAAGACCAGGAUCAAAAUAUGGUGAAUUGAUUGCCAAAUAUAUUAGAGAAGGUGAAAUUGUCCCACAAGAAGUAACUGUUGCAUUAUUAAAACAAGCUAUUCAAGAAAACUAUGCUAGUGGUAACACCAAAUUCUUGGUUGAUGGGUUCCCAAGAAAAAUGGAUCAAGCAAUCACUUUUGAAGAAACCAUUGCCAAGUCUGCUUUUACUUUAUUCUUUGAAUGUCCAGAACAAGUCAUGUUAAAUAGAUUAUUGGAAAGAGGUAAGACUAGUGGAAGAACUGACGAUAAUAUUGAAAGUAUCAAGAAAAGAUUCAAGACCUUUAUUGACACUUCUAUGCCUGUUGUUGACUACUUUGAAAAACAAGGCAAAGUUGUUAAAGUCAGAUGUGAUGAACCAGUUGAUGUUGUUUACGGUCAUGUCAAAGAAGCAUUAAAAUCUAGAGGUAUUUAG